ACGUGUGAGUCUCCGCUACAUGUAAACUAUAAAUGCGUACAAUUAAAUAGCAUAUUCCGUCAAUGUAUUAUAAUUCCACAUCUCGGUGAUUUAUAAAAAAAAUCAACUUGGGAGAAAAACAGAAAACAGGUAAGGUCUUUAAAGAUUUUGUAGCUAUUAUAAACGAGCGGGACGAUACCUGAACGCGUAGCAGCCUAGUCUUCAGACUGUAUAAACAGCUCUGCAGCCAGUCGUAAUAAACGACCGUCAGCCCGCCUGAAAGUGCAUCUCCAUUGGUCGAGCAGCUGGAUCUUUUUUUUUUUUUUUUUUUCAACGUCGAAAAGUUUUAUUUUGACCGCAGCUCCCCUUAAGCGAAAUGCAUCUCGCGACUCUCCCAGACUAUCGGACCGUGACAUUUAAGGAGAGACGGCAGAUGGACUGACCUUCCCGGUGCGUCCGUCCGUCGCUGCGCCGCUGAUAUAGAUGUCCCGUCUUCUGACCGACACAAGAUGAGCAGAGACGGACCGCGGUGGACAGGACGACGUGAAACAUCUGUAAAAAGUUCUCGCUCGGACCGCGAACGAUGUCUGUGAAUAUCUCGAGCGCGAACAGCACACUUCAGCCCGAGCCGUUCACCUACAACGUCCCCGCUCUCGUGUUUGGAGUUCUACUCAUCGUGGUGAUCAUCUGUGGAAACGUACUUGUGUGCCUGAGCGUUUACAAGGAGAAAGUCUUGAAGACCACGACAAACUAUUUCAUAGUGAGUUUGGCCGUGGCGGAUCUUCUGUUGGCGGUUUUGGUUUUACCCCUGUUUGUCUACGCAGAGUUUCAAGGCGGCGUCUGGUCCUUAGACGUGGCUAUUUGCGAUGGAUUAAUGACCAUGGACGUAAUGCUCUGCACAGCAUCGAUAUUCAACCUUUGCGCUAUCAGUGUGGACAGGUUCAUAGCGGUCUCCAUACCACUUAACUACAACAGGAAGCAUGUUGACUACCGGCAGAUUCUGUUACUUUCCGCUACGUGGCUGUUUGCGCUGGCUGUGGCGUCUCCUGUCAUCUUCGGAAUAAACAACGUCCCUCAAAGAGACCCCAGAGAAUGCAAACUCGAAGACAACAAUUACGUGGUUUAUUCGUCCGUCUGUUCCUUCUUCAUCCCGUGUCCCAUCAUGCUCCUGCUGUACUUCGGGAUGUUCCACGGCCUGCGCAAGUGGGAAGAAUCGCGCAAAGCCAAACUGAGAAACAGCAUCCAGGCCUGCCGCAGUUUACAGCAUGCUGCGGUGGCUGCCGCCCUCCCGCCCCUGGGCGCCCUGCCUGCGUCCCUGCCCCGGGUCAUUGAGAGGGACUUGGCCCAGUCCAGUCUCGAGGAGCUUGAUGACUUCACGCAGCCCGUUUGCCCCUUCCCAAACGAGUAUAAAAACAGCCCCAUUCAGACUGUGGCCUACCCUGGCAUUCAAUACGGCCAGCCAGCUCAGAGGAAGAAGAGAGCUAAGAUCAACGGAAGGGAGAGAAAAGCCAUGAGGGUUUUACCUGUUGUUGUUGGUGUCUUCCUCUUCUGCUGGACUCCUUUUUUCGUAGUUCACACUACGCGGGCCUUGUGUGAAUCCUGUCACAUCUCUCCAGACUUGAUGAGCACAGUGACGUGGCUGGGUUACGUGAACAGUGCUCUGAACCCAAUCAUCUACACUGUCUUCAACACUGAAUUCAGGAAGUUCUUCAGAGGACUUCUCCCACGCUGUUGUUGACAUACACCAAAUGGCCCAUAAGACGUAACAAUGCCAUAAUUUAUGCUAAAGACAAUUGCAGUUGUAAACUGGGACUGCAACCGUUUCGCUUUUUUUGUAACAAUCCUGCCAAUACUUUAUUUGUUCGUGCCUAUCAUGUACUACAUCCAUAUUUUAUACAUAGUUGACUUUAUUUUCGGUGCAACAAAACAUUUUCAGUGGUGCCUAGAUCAUUUGCGCAGCAUUUUAAGAUACGCCAUGCUCUGUUAAAAAAAUGUCUCAGUUCAAGUUAAGAUUAAUGAUACAGAAUGCAUAAUGCAUUGCAUAUUUGAGAUCUUUGAGAUGUUGUUGCCUGCAGGAAUAUUUUAAAUUAAAAGAUUGUAAUGUACACACUGUGAUUUAGUAACGGCACAGCCUCACAAGUGGCGCUGCAUAUUUUAAUAUUUGAUUUUGGUGAAGUACUUUAAACAUUCCAUAAAUCCUGCACAGCUUUGAGUUUGAGUUCAUUCUUCUGAAGAUGGAAUCUGUAUAUUGCUGUAAAGAGACAUUUGUGAUAAAGCUGCUAGAUUCUCUAACAGAGGUCGGAAACUAAUGUUGGAGCGAGAUGAAGGCUCUCUGUAAAGGCGCCAAAACAUCAUGAGAAAGCUUCUAAUGAAGUUCCUGAAAAGCCCUAAGGAUUUUUACCAUACUUAGCUUUAUUCUUUGAGCACAUCAUCUGUGUGCACCGAAGAAAGGAUCAGACACCUGGGCAGAGUUCCCACUUGUCUCUUUUUUUUUCUCCUCUCUUAUUGAAUUAUAAAUAAAAUGUCCGCAUGAUCAAGUGCAGCUUCUCCCAUAAGCCUGACAUUGGCAUUUCUUAGAGAAUUAAGAACAACCAAGGCCUUGAAGAACAUCUGUCCUUCCCAACCAAUGGUUCCCUUGUUUCUCAGAUUCUGGCAAAAGUAAUUUUAUUAAAAACAUUUACAUGCAUAUAUUAAUGGUUAUUAAGACAAUAAUAUAGACUGAAAACAUCAGCUAGGUGCCAACCCAAUUAUUUGUACAGCAAAAAACCUUUAAAAAACCAAAACCUUUUUUCCCAUAUCAAAACAUCUCACUUGAUGCUGUUGAGUGUGUUCAAAUGUGUGGUGAAAAAUUGUGCCUGAUCCAAUAGGAAAAACCUUUUUACAUGGCACGGUACCACUGUAGAACCAUUAUAGCUCUAGAGUUCUUUAAAGGUCUUUUAACUUCAAAGAACCCUGAAAAGUGAUGUCACAUCAUUUCCAAAGAACUACACAGACAACUCGAGAACCCUAUAUUUGUGUGCUAAUCAUGUUUCGGACCACUCUAUGGACCACACGUCCACACAUGUAUCUGCUUCAUUCUCAGCAUUGUCUAAUAAAUCCAAAAUAAAGCCACU